CACUUUUUCCAUUUACAGAAACCCUAUGUCUGCAAAAUACCAGGCUGCACAAAACGCUAUACAGACCCAAGUUCUCUCCGAAAACAUGUAAAAACUGUACAUGGUCCUGAAGCACAUGUCACUAAAAAGCAACGUGGAGAUAUCCAUCCAAGACAUCCGCCACCAAGAGAUCAAGGCAGUCAUUCCCAAAACAGAUCCCCAGGCCACCUGAUUCAGGGUGCAAUUAGUGAGCAAAAAGGCCUCAGCAACACUACCUCAAAGCAUGAAGAAUGCCUCCAAGUUAAAGCUGUUAAGUCAGAGAAGCCAAUGACAUCUCAGCCAAGCCCUGGUGGUCAGUCUACAUGCAGCAGCGAACAGUCCUCCAUCAGCAACUAUGCCAACAAUGGGAUCGAGCUUAAUCUGACCAGUAGAGGUAGUGUAGGAGACCUCAGCAUUAUUGAUGAAACCCCUAUCAUGGAUUCUACCAUUUCUACAGCAACCACAGCUCUUAGCUUACAGGCCAGGAAGAAUAUGACUGAGACCAAGUGGAUGGAACAAGUCAAGUUAGAAAAGCUAAAACAAAUCAAUGGAGUGCUUCCAAGACUGAAUCCCAUGCCAUCUUCCAAAGUCCCAGCUUUACCACCUCUCAUAAGAAACGAUAUUCAGUCAACUAGCAGCUGCAGCACUGGAGGAAACAUGACUAUCUUAACCAAGAAAAACGAAGUCACAAACACAGAUAUUACUAUACUGAACAUGCUAAACAGAAGGGAUAGCAGUACUAGCACAAUCAGUUCAGCCUACAUGAGCAGUCGUAGGUCCUCUGGGAUUUCACCUUGUUUUUCCAGUCGUAGAUCCAGUGAUGCUUCUCAGGGGGACAGAAGGCUUCAGAAUUUCAGUGUUGCCGAUUCCUAUGAUCCCAUUUCAACUGAUGCUUCAAGGCGAUCCAGUGAAGUUAGCCAAUGUGAUGGCUUGCCUGGACUUCUCAGUCUUACUCCUGCACAACAAUACAGACUGAAAGCAAAAUAUGCAGCAGCUAUUGGCAGACCUCCACCAACUCCACUUCCUAAUAUGGAGAGGAUGAGCUUGAAAACAAGAAUGGUGCUAUUGGGUGAUUCUAGGGAAUCUGGGAUGUCACUCUUGCCUCUAGUAAAUUCUCCUCGAAGAUGUAGUGAUACUGGGACAGAUAGUAACAACAGAAGGUAUCUGCUGCCUCAUGAUAUGGUUGGGAAUAGCACAAGGAGAGCUAGUGAUCCUGCAAGACCAGUCUCAGAUAAUCUGUCUUUUCCAAGAAUCCACCGUUUUAAUAGUUUCAACAGCUUUAACCCUCCUGCUUUGCCUCCAUCCAUUGAAAAACAGAACUUAAUCCUGAAGAAUUAUACAUGCCCAGAUGUUGGUUUGUUCCGGAAUUUAUGUUCCCCUUGCCCUCCAAGUAUUUCUGAGAAUGUGGCUAUGGGAGCUUCUACCACAGAAGCAGAUGGUUGUCUGAAUGAUGAAGAUCUGUUACCAGAUGAUGUGGUCCAGUAUUUGAAUUCUCAGAAUCAAGGUGUGUACAACCAAUCACCAAAUGAUGAACUAGACAACAACAAAGAACAUCACAAUCCAGCAAUGGAAAACAACAACUUUGAUCAAUCUCCUUCAACAAGCAAUUCUCAGAAAAAUGAUCUACCAAUUCAGUGGAAUGAAGUAAGCUCAGGAAGUUCUGACUUAUCUCCAUCAAAAUUAAAUUGUAGACCGCAGUCCUUAACACAGCAAACUAUUAUAGGCCCCUAUAAUAACUUGGUUAACCAGCAGCAACUGCAACAGGCACUGGAAAGAAAUGGUACUACCCAACAAAAUGGCUAUCAAAAUCUUGCAGACAACAAUGUCUCUUGUAGUAUAAAGCAAAAUAACACAAGUUCUUACCACUUACACUCAAAUAAAUCACAGCUAUAUAGUAAUAAAUUUUGCAGACAACCUGUGGACAAUGUCUGUGAUGUGAUGAAUCAAGCUGAAAAGCUGAGAAGCCAUUUCAUGCUAACUAGUGGAAGCCAGAGAAAUUUUGGCUAUUAUGUGAUGCCAAAUGAGCAGUCUGCCAGUGCGAUUAACAAGAUGCAGAGCAGAAAUAUAGUUUUUGAGGAAUACCUUUCUAAUCAGUCAGAAGAUGAAGUGAGCCAUUGCGAAGAAGCAAAACCUUCCAAUAAAAUGAUAGAGCAAAUUAUAGUUCCCUCACAACCUAGCUGUCCCUCACAAGAACUGCUGUCUCAGAAUGGGAGCCAUCCAUCAGUUCUUGCCAAAACUUACCAACCCUAUUCCAACCACUAUGGAGACAGAUGGCAAAACCCUUUAAGGAAUAACAUGGUGAGGCAACCUGGACUUCUAAUGGAUCCAAACCAAUCCCAUAGGGUCACUGGUAUCAAGGUAGAAUCUCAAGGUCAGUUACAACAAUUCUGCUCCAAUGUGCAGAGUUAUUCUGGUCAGUUGUAUGACCAAACCACAGGGUUUAAUCAGCAAGCUCUGAAAGCAGAAGUUUUUUCCUUUUCAGAAGCUAAUUACCUAAUACAAGAGGUAGCUAUUGAAAAUACAUCAGAGCUUCUCUCCCCAGGGGUCAACCAAGUGACAAGCACAGUUGACAACAUUGACACAAGCAGCCAUGAAGGUGUGCAAAUUGAUUUUGAUGCUAUUGUAGAUGAUGGUGAUCAUGCCAGCUUAAUUUCAGGAGCCCUGAGUCCCAGUAUCAUUCAGAAUCUAUCUUGUAAUCCUUCCCGUCUUACUACUCCCCAAGCAUCUCUUACAUUCCCAGUUAUGCCCAUAAGUACAACUAAUAUGGCUAUUGGGGACAUGAAUUCUUUGUUAACUUCACUUGCAGAAGAAAGCAAGUUUCUUGCUGUUAUGCAACAGACCUAAAAAAUCUUAAGGUAUGAGAAUUUUUAAAAUGUGUUUUUUUAUUAGUUGUCUUAAGUACUUUAACAGUCUCAUCUCAACUAAAUGAGAU